AUGAAAAAACGACCAUCGAAAAAAGUAGCCAAAGCUGUUAUCAAUGUUACAACUAAUGAUUCAUCGUCGGAAAAUUCUUUAUUCGAUCAAUCAUUAUCUGCGCCAACUGUCUUGCCUAGCACUCCAAGCAAUGACACUGAUGCCACUGAAGAAAAUGUUCGCGAACAAUUGCAGACGAUUGUUGAUCAACCGUUGACUCUUGAUCUGGAUGAAGAUCAAGAAAGUAUUUCGAAGAUAACCGUCAACGGCUCCAAAAGAAAGAAAGCACCAACAAAGCAGUUUCACCAGAGCAAAGCUGCUAAAACUAGUGUCGAUUCUUUAGCAACUGCAUCCUCAAUUAACAUCAAUGAGGCUGAAGAAAGCAACGACGAAAAUCACUCUCUGCAGUCUUCAGCUGUAUGGAAAUAUGCGACCCGAAUCAAAAUCGAAGGUAAACAGUACGCCAUCUGUUUUGAUUGUCGUGCACAGAUUAGUACCAAUAAUUGGUCAACGUCAGCGUUACGGCGUCAUUUAAUUGUCAUGCACAACAGAUUAGACUUCCACGCCUAUUUCGAUCCGCUCAGUCAUUCAUUAUUGUCCGAAAGUGAUAAACGUGCUGUCGAACAGCGUGUCAAACAAACAAUAACGAAUGGUGAUGUAAAUGCGAACAGUCAGUCAUCAACAGCAGCAUCUACAUCGUUAUCUGCCCAAGCAAGUGCAAGAUCACCGAUUAUAGUUGACGUCGUGAAUUCUACUACUACAUCAACGGAUGGUUCUGGUCAAAAGAAAAACGUUACAGCUAUGGAAGCUUUUCUUAUGACUAUUGGUGAUACUGCUAUUUCAACACCGGCUUCCACGAAGCGUGCAUCCAUCGUUGAAGAAAUUUAUAAUUACCGAUUAUUAGUUGAGAAAUUCAAUCACGAUCGUCGGCCAUCUAUAUCAGCAUGUGUCGAGUUUUGGAAAAUUUAUCAAGAUGCACUUCCUUCCAUCUUCAAAUUAGCUCAACAAUUGAUUUGUACGCCAGCAACAAGUGUCGCUUCAGAAGCUGCUUUUUCAAUCGCUGCCUUUGCAGCCCAAAAAGAACGAUCACGCUUAUCAGCAGAAAACCUAUCGACGGUCAUUUUUUUAAAAAAGAUAUGUAGUAUCCAAGUCAAACGUUCUCCAUCUUUUGUUAUUGAUAUCAUUGCUUCGGUGCCCAAAGUUGAAGGUGUUUCGCUAUCGCAUUUAUCAGACAUCACGAUGAAAACGAAGUCAAACAAUUUGUCACGCAUUUCCAGCAAUGUUAACGUCACUUUAGGGAAUGAACUAAGUUUUGAUUAUUCUACUUUACCUAAAACAAAUACUGACUGGAGCACCAUAGUGCAAAAUAUCAUCCAAAAUAAAUAA